AUGAUGAAUUUUGAAUUAUUACCUAAUGAAAUCUUUCUCGAUCUUUUCGAUUAUUUCAAUGGUAUGGAUCUUCUACAGACGUUUUAUAACCUUAAUUUUCGGUUCAAUUUUCUUCUCUACAAACAAUUUCGAAAAUAUAAAUUCGAUUUUAAUUGCAUAUCGAAACGUAAUUUUGAUUUAAUCUGUCAACAUCAUCUAUCUUUUAUUGCUGAUCGUAUAAUUACUCUUUGCGUUUGUAAUUCUGAAGAUACUCCCGAACAAAUUAAUGUAUUUCUUUCUUACAUACCAUCAUUCAAACAAUUCACUGGAUUACGAGCACUUUCAAUUGGUUACAUACAUUCAUAUGAAAUAUUAUUAAAAAUUUUAGAUGAAUGUCAUUAUCUUUGCAAUCUUACUAGUUUGCAAUUAUAUUACUGGACUUUUCCAAUAGAUGAUAAUAAUUUACAAAUAAUUAUAGAUAAUAUUUGGAGUUUACCAAAAUUAAAUUAUUGUAAUUUUGGAAUAACUACCAAUGAAUCAUCUGUAUUAUUUACACCGACAAAAAUAUCUUUAACACUUGAAAAUGUUGUUGUUUAUGGGAUAUAUUUUAAAUUUAAUGAAAUAAAUCAAUUAUUUAAAUGUACACCUUGUCUUAAACAUCUUUCAAUAUCGAUUGCAUCUGUUUUUCAAGAUAAUUGUAUACUAUCUAGUCUUUCAACAUUAACUCAUUUGAACAUACAAAUUUCUGAUAAAUCGGAAGAUCGAUUGAUAAAGAUUUUUCAAAAUACGCCUAAUUUAUAUCGUUUAGAGAUUAACUUAUUCGAGGAUUUAAUCAAUGGUUAUCAAUGGGAGCAAAUUAUUCGUAAAUAUCUAACAAAUCUAAAAGUAUUCCAGCUGACAAUGUAUGAUAUGAUAUCUAUCUCUACGUAUAUACAGGAGGAAGCCGAUAAUUUAUUCGAUUCAUUUCGAAGUUCAUUUUGGAUUGAUGAACAUCGAUGGUUUAUUCGAUGUUGGGCAUCGGAUCCAUUGAUUCAACUUUGUACUUCACGUAAUACAGCAACUGAUUAUAAUGCAGAAUCAAUACCUGAUUUUUACAAAUCAACAUAUCCAAACGAUAAUAUAGAAGAAUUCUGUAAUCAAAUGAUUAGUAUCUAUGAUGAAAACUUUUUCGAUACAACAAUUCCUUCUUCUAUCUGUUUGUCUCACAUUGAAUUUCUGUAUAUGAAACUUCCUAUCAAUGAACAAUUCUGGUCUAUUGUUCCAACUUUAAAACAAUUGAGAUGGCUUUCCAUAAAAUUUCAUAAUGAUACUUUACAAUCUCAAGUACAAAUUUUACUUGAUCGAGCAUGUCAUCUUGAAACAUUAAUAAUUAGUCAAGAUGAUUCAUUACCUUUACAAACAGCAUUAUUUAAAUAUACAAAUUCAACUGUUCGUGAACUUCAUUUACACGAAUGUAACUAUUAUUUCAAUGAAGAAGAAUGUAUUACAUUAGCUGAUUCACCAUUAGGUCUCCAAUGUCAAGUUCUUUCGAUUGUAGUCAAAAACUGUGAAAGUAUAGUUAUUCUUGUUCAACAUAUGAAUAAUCUUCGCAUAUUGAAAGUUGUAGUAAAAGAUGAAAAUAAUGAUAAACAUAUUCAAUGGUUAAAAGAUUAUUUACCAUCAACGUAUAUUAUUACAAGAAAUGUUAACAUGCGUAAUGGUAUUUUAGUAUGGAUUUGA